UUGAGUGGUAUGAGUGCCGAGGGGGAGCGAGGGCAAAACAUCCACGUUGCUCGCAAAAGCGAGCAAUAUCAACCCGAUCGCUACCGCAAGCAGUUGAUAGCGCACGAGCUUCAGUGCAACAGAUAAUGGCGGGAGCAGCGGUGAGCCCUAAUCCCAUUCAUCCUCCUCCUUCCCUUCUCCCAUCCAUCAAGCCCAGGGUGAUCAUACUUGGUGGAACCGGCCGAGUGGGCGCCUCCACCGCCGCCGCUCUUUCUCGCUUCUGUCCCUCCGUCCGACUCUUCUUAGCCGGAAGAAAUCGGGAGAAGGGCGAUGCUCUUGCUUCCAAAAUCGGGGAGAACACCAAGUUUGUCCAGGUGAACGUCGACGACAUCCAUAGCAUCCAAGCUGCUUUAGAAGGCAUGGAUCUUGUUGUUCAUUCUGCUGGUCCUUUUCAGCAAGAAGAGAAAUGCAAUGUUCUAGAAGCUGCGAUUUCGUCUAAUACGACAUAUUUAGAUGUUUGUGAUGAUACAAACUAUGCAUGGAGGGCCAAAUCUUUCCACGAAAAAGCUGUAUCUGCUGGGGUUACUGCUCUGACAACUAGUGGAAUUUAUCCUGGUGUAAGCAAUGUAAUGGCAGCAGAGCUAGUUCGUUUGGCCAAAAGUGACAAUAUUGGUGAACCAGAGAGACUGAGAUUUUUUUACUACACCGCAGGUUCUGGUGGUGCUGGGCCGACAAUAUUGGCUACUAGUUUUUUGCUUCUUGGAGAAGAUGUCAUAGCAUAUAAUAAAGGCAAAGAAAUCAAAUUAAACUCUUACAGUGGUAUGUUGACUGUGGACUUUGGAAAAGGGGUUGGCAAAAAAGACGUAUACUUGCUGAACUUGCCUGAAGUUAGGAGUGCUCAUGUGAUCUUAGGAGUACCAACUGUGAGUGCUCGCUUUGGUACUUCCCCCUUCUUCUGGAAUUGGGGAAUGGAAGCUUUAGCCAGCAUUGUUCCUGCUAGUAUUCUUAGAGAUAAGACUAAAGUCCAACAAUUGGUUCAACUUUUUGAUCCUUUUGUACGUGCUAUAGAUGGUAUUGCUGGAGAACGUGUAUCAAUGAGAGUGGACCUCGAUUGCACUAAUGGACGGAGUACUCUUGGACUGUUUACUCACAAAAGACUGUCUGUAUCUGUUGGGAAUGCAACCGCUGCAUUUGCCAUGGCACUCCUGGAGGGUGCUACACAGCCAGGUGUCUGGUUCCCAGAACAGCCCGAGGGAAUCGCUGUGGAGGCUAGAAAGAAACUCCUGGAGCGUGCUGCUGAUGGAACUUCCAACUUUGUGAUGAACAAGCCCCCUUGGAUGGUGGAAACUAAUCCAAAGGAGAUUGGAUUGGGAAUCUACAUUUGAGGAUGAUAAUCUCUUUGUCCACGGAGUUUGAAUCUGUCAAUUAAUAUUCACACACUUGAGCUACGCUGAUCUUGUUUGCAUGUUCUCAGAAGCUCCUGCUUUUUCUAGCUAUUUACAGCAAGCUGUUUUUAGUUUUUUUGGAAGAUAUACAUAUCACACAAUUCUUAUGUAUUUACAUAUUUAACACCUACACUUAACAUUUUAGUUGCUCUUGAAAAAAGUGCUUCA